AUGUCUUCUUUCGCGAACAUGGAUAUCCCAGAUCUCGAUCUUCCCCGGAGUGUGUCCAUGUCGGGGUCUCCAGAGGUCUCCAGCGUCUUCUCGCCCAAUACAUCAUGGGACGGAUUAUCUGGAUCUUCAUCAUUUACCCACGAUAAUCUAUCUCAUCAUCUAUAUACGGGGGACACGCUGGCAGCCAAGGAUGAUAUUCCAAUUAGUGAGGCCUUGCUGCUUCCUACAACAGGGAUAGAUAUUGCAUCAAGCGGGGACUCUAUCCAGAAUCCAGCAAAUUUUGAAUAUGGCACAUCAUAUGUGGAAUCCAAGUUGCCAUGUCAUGCGAAUGAGCAAAACUCAUCAAGUGAUCUACGAUGGCAGGAGAUGUUUGAUAGGAUGAUACAAAGCUCAGGCUCAGCGCCGAGGGACUGUCAAUGUUUGGAUCGAGCUCUUGAGCUGCUGGAUGGACUCUUUGUACAGCACGGCAACUCUGCCAACCCACUCUCGACUUUCAAAUCAAAAUACCAUCAAACUUCAGAUGCAAUGCAAAAACUAUCAUUUCUGCGCAUGGAACUAAAUGCCUUUGAAGGCAUUGCAAGCUGCGCACAAUGCAAGAAGACCCGAUGUUUGAUGGGCUUGUUGGUCCUCCUCUCUGAACGCUUGUCAACGCUAUUUCGACAAAUUUUUGAGAUCAUGCCUUUGAGCACUUUCCAAGCUGGAAUUGAUUUUGAAAACACUUCCAGUCCAAUGCCAUCAAAUGAAGACCUAUCGAAUAUUGGCGAAAAGGAAAUACAGCCGCGAGAAUAUGAGACUGGCUCCCAUUUCCGAACGAAGACAGAAGAAAGAAAUACCAAAAUGAUAUUGUCGUGCAAUGGUUUUACUUUGGAUAUGUCCAAAGAGACGGAAGCACUUCUUCUGCACUUGGCUCUUCUCGCUAUGCAACAAUUGCGGAAGGUCAUCGCAACGCUUUGGGGCCGCGCCCAAGACGAGCAAAGAAAAGACCUUUCAGAAAACCUGUCACAAUGUGGACAGAGACUGCAUAAUUCCGAGGCCGUUUGA